CUAACUAGAACCAAAUGGGAUAGCGGUAGCUUCAUGAUUCAUGUGUGAAUAUAAAUAUAACUUACUGUAAGAAUAAAAUGGAGAUCCUGCAAAGAGACAGCAUGGGAAAUGAAAAAAAUAAAAAUAAAAACGUGACUGACUGGAGGCAAGCAGGCACACUUUGAGAGACCUCCCUGUGUUGUGUGAGUGUUGCAGGAGGGUUGCACGGCGGUUCCUGCUCGGGGAGGUAGGAGCUGUCCGGUGCUGAGGGGGGAAGAUGAGCUCAGCGCGCGCGCCGGGGGGCAGGUAACGUCAGCAGUCGGCCGGAGCAGGGAAAGACUGAGCAUACACACCCACCAAGUGUUUAUCGCCGGUUAAUCACCGAAACACAUUAAGCAUGGGCAGCUAAUCAGCUCCGUGUGACUCAGCGCCGCUUUUCCAUUCCGAUCCACGAGUCCCUCGGCAGCAUCCCGCGCCCUCCGCUUGGCUUGAAAUGGGAUGAUAUGGGAUUUUUCAUGUCGACGAAGAUCGGGGGGAUUCUUGCGUUUGCCUUGGUAUUCCUGUCCCUCACAGUGUCAGGAGACUCAGCAGAUGUGAAGUGUGAGAACAUUUAUAAGGACUUUUCUGAUUGUGUCCUGGAGCUGGGAGAGAGCAUGGACAACUAUCAGGAGAACGUGACCAGUGAGAGGGGAGUGGCAGCCGUGUGCAGCCACUGGGAAGCUUUCCACACAUGUGCCCUCACAGCCCUGUCCGACUGUCAGGAGGAAGUCAGCUCCAUCUGGGAGACGCUGAGGCAGGACUCCAGGAAGAUGCGCUUCCAGGGAAGUCUGUUCGACCUGUGCAGCCCCAGCUCCGCUCCCAGCAUAAGUUCACGUCUCGCUGCACUUACCCUGCCACUGAUGCUGAUCAUGACUGGGCCCAACUGGUCCUCUGUAUAGAUGGGGUAACGGUGGGGGUGGGGGGGUGGGGGGGUUGAGAGUGAGGAGAUGGGAGAGGUAAGGAGGGCCUCACAUUCCCCAGGGUUCAGUCCUCCUGAGUUCAAACUUAAAGCCAAGGAUUUAAGAGAGACAAAUGUUUUAAUAAGGAUUAUUUUGACACAGAGCCACGGAUGCCUGUGGCAAGCCAAUCAAUAUUUGCUGUGAUGAAUAAUGUUUGAAAUCCUCUCAAAUACUUCAGCUUGAUCUUCCCUUAUGUCUAAAAACUGGUGGAGUAGUGAAGAAAAUGACAUUUCUGCCAACUUAUCAGUCCAGGCAGACUAAAGCAAACACUCCAAGUAUUCUAAUGAUUUCAGAUACAAUGUGACCAGAGUCAGAUCAGUGACUCCUGUUGCUCUGGGUUACCACUAAACAAGGGGUGGACACAAUACUGUGAAUACCUAAUGUAAAACCCACCUGCAACGAAUACUCUUUUUUUUAGUUUUAUAGAGAUAUAAGUCUGUUGACAAUUACUAUAUUCAGUUUUCAACUCUGAGGUCAUUUCUAAAGCAGUAUUUGCAGAGCACUGGUUUUCAUUAUAUUACAGUAAUGUGUUCCUGUUAUUGUGUCCACUCCCUGCACCAUUUAUUGUAUGCUUUUAUCAUGAUAGUUAAAGGAAUAGUUCAGCAUUUUGGGAGUCAGAUGAGAAGAUCGAUAACACUAUCAUGUUUGUACGGUAAUUAUGAAGCCAUCGCCAGCAGCCAUUCAGCUUAGUUUUGCACAUGGCUGCUCCCAACCAAGAAAUUGUUCAGCACACAACUUGUUUUUGAGCUUUUGCAUAUAUUCAACAAAUGAUAUAUACAAUGUUAAUUGGAGAGCUUUAGAGGCACGGGUAGGUUGAUUUUGUUACUUUUGGACAAAGGUAGCCUAGCUGUUUUCAAGUCUUGUGCAAAGCUAAGCUAACCAGGCGCUGGCUGUUUCGUAUUUAGUGCAGACAUGAGAGUCUUAUCAAUUGUCAUACCUAAUUCUCUGCAAGGAAGCAAAUGACAUAUUUCUUAAAAUUACUGUAAUAAAGAGUUACCUUACUGUACUGUACAUUAGCACUACAACAAAAGUUUUAAUCUUCGUUGAAUUUCAUGAUAUAAUUAGCUUCCACAUUACAGGAGAAGAUUUAAAGGGGUAUUUCACCAAAAAUAACAGCAAUAUUUUAGUAAAUCUUAGCUCUUAGUCAUUACAAAUCUAUUUGAAUUAGUUGUCAACUUACUGAUCAAUGAACCAACCUAAAGACCAAACCAGACAUUAAUCUUAUGGAACUAAUGACACCAAAGCUAGCAACAGUUCAGAUACACUUUAGGUGAAAUGCACCUUUAACCUGUUUCAAAUUGUAGUAAAUGUUUGUGUAAGUGACAAUCAAGCCACUUGUAUGAAACCUUUGACCCCUUUUCCCCUACAACAUUUCAGCCCACCGUGGCUGAUGUUGCACGGCUGCUAUAAAGACACCAAAAACAGACAUCUGACACCUGGCAUCACAUGUUCACUCCUCCAGCUCCUCUCUCGCUCUCUCAGAGCCUCGCCCCACUCUUUGGUUCAAUCUUCACUCAAUCAUCAGACUUCUGACCCAUUGAUGUAUCUGAAAAAAAAAGAAAUCUAGAGCGUGAAUGUUCAGUGUUGUCUCAUAAAUUUUUGUUACAUGUUUUGUGUGAAAGUGCUCUACUGUAGUAAACGCAAUAUAACUAGAACUUUACUUCUUUCUCAAAGUACUGCAAAAACACAGUAGUUUAUGCAGUACACAGAGACUACACAGGGAUAGAUUCUAUCAAGGAGAUUAGAUUUUCAAAGACAAUAAUUCAGCCAGAAGUAUAAUGAAAAUUCCCCAAAUUAUCAUAUUUUAAUACUCAUACAGAGAUUUUAUUAAACUUUAAAAACCUAUAAUUAAUGUCUAAUAAAGUUAAAAUAUAUGCAAUAAAAAACGAACUGGUAUAAUACAAAACAAUUGCUUUCCAUAUAUCAUCCAUAUAAUUUAUUUUUUAUUAAUUAUAUUUCAAUUACAGGUCUACCAAUUAAUGCAUUGCAUAAUUAUGUUAUCAAACAAAAUACAGAUUCCAAACUCUGCUACUCCAUUUAUCUGUUUCAUGCUUUUAAUUGGUGUAUUUUGGAGAAACUCAGGCUUGAUUUUACAACACACCCAUACAUUUCAAAAGCUGUUAAUAGAAAGAAAAGUAUAGUGAAUCUCAUCGACAGAAAACAGCUAAUGGUUACUACAGUUUGUAGCAAAAUUGGCAUCAUUUCCACUCAGUCAGCUCAUUUAGCAAAUAUAAAUUAUCAUUACUUGUAAUGGUGUUUUAAUCACUUUGAAAUAAAUUUUUUUUUUUUUACAACAAGACUAGGUCAAAACCUUGUUCGUGCCUGGACUGUGUAUUGUCAACGAGCGAACUGGAGGACAUAUUUGAAAACUGUUGUUGAAUCGCUGUUAACAAUUGACUUCAUCACAUCACGUGUUUGCAUUCUCCCUAGUGUCACAGGUUUCAGUUCUCUAUCUGUUUGCUUCUCCUCUACUCUCUUUGCUCACACAUAUACAGUAUUUCAAUACAGUUGAAUUCCCAUUAAAGCUUUUCUCAUUCACAUGUUUUUCUGUUUCUGUUGUCAGACAAAGGAACAAGUUUGAAAUAGUGACUGAAACACAGCCCAUCAAGGCUGCAUGUUAACCAGCAGUCACUUCCAAGCAGCGGCUACUUGUAAAAUGAUCGCUCAAAGAAAAAGUUAGAAGCGACAGAAUAUCUUUCCUAUUUUGUCUCUGAAACAUCACACAGACUCUAUCUGCGAUCCACAACUGUUUUCAACUACUGUAUUUCCUAACAAAGUGACUGGGGAACCAGGGCAGCAAGGUGACCACCCAUAACAAGGUGUAGCCCACAGUUGGCACCAAUACACUUGGUUUAUACACAGUCUUGUUUGAAAAAAAGUCUCUAAAUCUUGCAAAAAAUGCGCUACAUUGGGAACACCACAGGCUGUAAACGCCCCCCUAAAAGAAACUGUUUGUGCCAAUUCAUUUUGAAAGAGCAACAGCCGAUGGGGAAACUCCAACUCACUUCACAUGGCAAUCACUUGCCCAAUGGAAACAUGAUCAGUCAGUCACAUUCACAAUUUUUAGUGUGACAUUUCUAAUUUUAUGGCAAUAGACACUGAGAUUCAUAGAAAAUUAAAAAUGAUUGAGCAAUAGCAUUGAUUUUUGUUUUUUUUCCAAAACUAUGUUACCAUUUCUACAUUUCCUUUAAUUAUUAUGGUCUUAACAGGCAUCAUCAAUAUAUGGGUGAUUUCUGUGGUCCUGAAUAUUUUCCUCAUUUAUUCUUUAUCACAAAUGCAUGACAAUUUUUGUGGCAGUCUGUUGAUUUUAACUUGGACAAAGCGUACAGUGGUAUUGACCUGUGCAUGAAGUUUCACUUGCUCUUCAAUGUAUCAGCAUCAUUUCUUAUGCAGUUUCAUUAGCCACCCAUCCCCCACUGCAUUAGCAUGUUUGUUCUAGUUGUUUCAAUUUAUUUCAUGUUUCACAAGUGGUAGCAUCAUGUCAUCCAUUGUGUGUCUGGUGGUGAGAAUACAAAACCAGUUGUGGUGUCCUCCAAGCAUGAGCAAUAUGUACGGUCACUUCUUUAAAAGAGGACUCUUAUAUCCUCAUAUGCUGUUGAAGAAAGCAUGACAAUGACUGUGUUAUCAUGAGCAUUAUACCAUAAAAAUAACCCUAAUGUCAGUUUAAACAUGGAAAGAACUUCUGAAUGUAAAAACAAGUUCAGUAUCCAUGUGAGUUUUUCAGUUUACUGAUAGAAAAGCACACUAUUUACAAGACUGUAUAAAGCAAUAUAUGGCAAAGUAAUGUGUUUGUAAUAAUAAAGCACCAUGUUUAAAAUA